AUGGCUGAAUACAUAUCACCCAGUCCUGAUAUUGAUCUUAACAAUCAGCAGAACACACUCUUAAUACCUUUGGUUGAAGCACUUUCGAAACAAGUUGAAGCUUUAACCAAAAAAGUCGAAAAUCUCUGUAACAACCAAACACAGAGCUGUAACAACAGUGCCAACACUAACAAAAAGGUCCGCACUCCACCUGUAUCCAACAGAAAUGAAUCUAAUUGUAAUGCAUCUGUACUACCGACCCAAGUUAAUAACAAUGACCUAAGGGGUAAUACACCAAACAGCAAUAAUCAACGAUCCAAAGGGCUUAUUGGGGCACUCUCUUUAACCGAAUGGUUAUCCGAGCCACUAACAUUUCAAUUACCAACUACAAGUGUAACCAGGGAGCAACUGGCCGAGGAUCCAACAGAUAUUUCUACUCUACUAAAGCAACUUGACCACCACUUGAUAAAAUAUAAAAAGUUGAAAACUGAGAUUGCCUAUUUUCGUGAGUGCCUAAGUGAAGGCAUAGUGCCAAAAGGGUUGUGUUCUUGGCAAUACCCUACUGGCCUAGUGGAUGGUUUACCAUUCCACAAAGACUUAGUUCAACUUUUCAACAGAAAUGGCUGCGAGCUUUUAGAAAUCAUAUGCAAACAUUAUGAACUGCAAACCACAGAAAUUAUGCAGAUAGCUACCAGCUUAAAUGAGACAAUUCAACAGCAUUCGAACUUUAUUCGUUACCAAUAUGACUAUGACAGGAUUUUCUUUUGCAUAGACCAAUAUAUUGAUAAAAUUAAGAAAGUAAAAUGCAAGAAACUGAAAAGGGACAGAAUAGCGUACAGUAACAGGUUAGCAUACCCUAAACCUCCCCCCUCCCAGAAUAAUGCUAAUUUUACUUCUAUGGCUACCCUUCAAAGUAACAUCAUAGGCCAAAAUGAAGAAAGAAAUAAUAUUAAUGAAGAAAAUGGAUUUAGUAACAAUAACAACCGAUCUUUUUACCAAGAGAAUGAUAACACCAGUGCUGAACAGAUAUCCCAUGUUGGGACCCCACAGCGCUCCUCAAAUUUUCGGACAGGACCCUCUCAUUACAACUUACGGAAAACCACUUAUUACAGCCCCAACUAUCGGAACAGGAACAACACCAACAACCAAGGGAGGAGGGGGAGGUAA